CAGUGGAGUCGUCCUGCCACUGCCAUGUUGGAUGGAGCUGGCUGGCUCCGGGCUCUCUGGCGGCCGGACUUCCCAGGAAAGUUUUCACCGUUUUCCGUCUUCGCUCAGCCGCUGCAGUUUUGACCUUAUUUUAAAGAGGAGCGGGACGUCACAUUGCAUUCCCAAACAGCAUACAGUUUUUUUGGAGAGUACCUUCUCCUUUAGCGGACCCCCCAGGUUUAAACCGAGCCGGUGAGAGGGGCUCGGAGGAAGGCCACGGAUGACCGAGGGAUUGUUUAUGUAUCUUAUAACGAGUUAGAGUCGGUGCAUACUUUAUAAAUUGAUCACCAAUAAUGAGUGGACAUCCGUCGCAACGGCGGCAAGCAAACGUCGGCUCGAUCCUGCUGACACCGCAGGAGAAUGAAUGCCUUUUCAACCAAAUUGGCAGGAAAUGCAUCACAUUGUCCUCAGCAGUGGUCCAGGUGUUCACAGCAGACAGGAACUCCAGCUGGAACAAGAAAUGUUGCGGGGUGGCCUGUCUGAUCAAAGACAACCCCCUACGAUCCUACUUCAUCAGGGUCUUUGACAUCAGGGACGGUAAGAUGAUGUUUGAACAGGAGCUGUACAACAACUUUACCAUCUACCUCCCCAAACCCUAUUUCAUCACAUUUGCUGGAGAUUCAUGCCAAGUGGGCCUGAACUUUGCCAGUGAAGAGGAGGCCAAGCGUUUCCGUGCCCAUGUGUCAGAGCUACUGGGGAAAAGACAGAGGAAAACUGAAAAGAGACGCGACCCUCCAAAUGGCCCGACGUUGCCCAUGGCCACCGUCGACAUCAAAAACCCAGAGAUCAGCGGUGUUCAGCGUUACCAUAACAACUCUCAGAUGAACAACAUGGUGCACUCCUCCUUCCCCAAGAGGGAGAAAAAGACCAAAGGGAAGAAGAAGAGGUUGACCAAGGCAGACAUCGGCACACCGAGCAACUUCCAGCACAUUGGGCAUGUAGGAUGGGAUCCAAAUACAGGUUUCGAUUUAAAUAAUUUGGACCCUGAGCUGAAGAACCUGUUUGAUAUGUGUGGCAUCUCUGAGGCUCAGCUGAAGGACAAGGAGACCUCUAAGGUCAUCUAUGACUUCAUCGAGAAGAAAGGAGGAGUAGAGGCUGUCAAAAAUGAGCUACGGAGACAAGCUCCUCCGCCCCCUCCAUCCAGAGGCGGCGGCCCUCCUCCCCCACCCCCACACCACAGCUCAGCCCCUCCUCCUCCCCCUCCCCCUGCCCGGGGGCGAGGUGCCCCACCACCUCCCCCCUCCAGAGCUCCUAUCUCCGCGCCCCCACCUCCCCCUCCAUCCCGACCAGGCAUGUCCGCUCCACCGCCUCCCCCGCCCAGCCGAGGCUCUCUCCCGCCUCCUCCUCCACCAGCCCAUGCCUCAAUUCCUGUGGCGCCUCCCCCACCUCCACCUCCCCCCUCAUCUUCAACUCCAUCUAGCACCGGAGCACCACCUCCUCCCCCUCCUCCUCCUCCGCCGCCUCCCGGCCCCCCACCCCCUGCUCCUCCUCCGCUGCCCACAGAGGACAACGGAGGGGACAGCAGUGUGCCCGGCAAGUCGGCAUUGCUGAGUCAGAUCAGAGAAGGCACCCAGCUGAAGAAGGUGGAACAGAAAGAGAGGCCGGUGUCCAGCACGGGCAGAGACGCACUUCUGGACCAAAUCCGACAAGGAAUCCAACUUAAAUCUAGGGAGGACAAUGUUGAUACAUCUCCUUCCACCCCGGCCCCAUCGGCAGGCAUCGUAGGGGCCUUGAUGGAGGUGAUGAAGAGAAGGAACAAGGCUAUUCACUGUUCAGAUGACGACGACGAUGAUGAAGAUGAUGAGGACUUUGAGGAUGAGGAUGAAUGGGAUGACUAGCGAUUUUUUUUUUUUUUCUUUAUUAUUUUUUUUUAUCCCUUCCCCAACCCCCCUCGGGAUGAUUGACACUAAAAUUGUUCUUGUCUUUCUAAAAAGAAAUCUUUAAUUUCAAAUUAUAAAUGUAAAUGUUCUAUCAAUUUGCUGUAUAUUUUUGUUGCCUUUAUGCUUUUUUUAUUAAUCUGUGCAAUACCUCAUUUAAUCUGUUAAAGUUUGUCAUUCUCAUAUCUUAGUUUGUUGUUUCUUCAUCUUCGUCAUGUUCACUUGGUUUGUCUGUCGGCUCCAUCUCAUUCUCUUAGUAGCAAUACGUUACAUCUCGCAUUUUAACUGUCUUCUGCUUUUCCUCCGUUCAUCCCAUCUCUCUGUAUCUUUCUCCUCCUCCCACAUCCCCAACUCUUUGCUAUUUAUCUCCUCCAUCUGUCAACCAUCUCAACCAUCUUUCAUGUCUGCUUCCUCCCAUCACAUGUUCUCUCCCCGUGUCACUCUCGUGUUCUCUUGCUAUCCCGUGUUCCCAGAAUAACGUGCAAUUUUACAUCAAGUUGUCUCUUGAACCUUUAGAGUUGAAUGUUUUUUUGUUUUUGUUUUUUUCUUUUGGUCAGUGAUUGAAGGAGGAGGGCUUACAAAACCAGUUGCCAGAAAUCCUUCAUCAUGUCAUCAUUGUUCGUCAGGAGGAAGAAAAAAAAUUAACUAUUUUCAUACCCUAUUGCUCUGUAGUUUAUUUUUACUUAUUCAAAUGAUCCUAGUUUAGCACUCAUAUUUUCUUAAAACAAAGAAGAAGAAAAAAAAGAAAUGCUUUUUGGAAUAUUUAGCUUCAUUUGCUGUUGACUGUAAAUUUGCUCCAGAGUUUGAGUCUUGUUAUAUUUUUGCACAGAUUGAAAGAGGAGACUCGCUGCAUGAGUACAGGACAUUUUCAGGUCUGUAUCAUUAUGAAACAUACAUAUGCUUUAAGAUACCAGGCAAAAUACACUUUGACAUUAAGCAUUUUUAACCGUUAACACAUCACACUACAGACUACACGCAUGGAGGUAGCCCACAGUCUUAAGGCUGGCUCUGUUGUGAAUUUUAGUUGGGUUUUUUUUUUUGUCAGUCACACUACAUUCAGUUGAAAUUGUGUAUUUUUUUUUUUUUAAUCUUUUUAUUUUUUACAGUAGCGAGCAGAGCGUCAAUAAAUGCCUGUUUGUUUGAAUCAGGACAUUCAUCAUGUAAAGCUUGAGGAAUAAAGACAUUUUAGUUUUA